AAAAUAAAUAUCAACAAAUAUUUAUUAGCGAAGUUUGUGGUGAUUUAGUUUUUGUAGUAGCUGGGGAUGAAAUAUUAUCAGGCUCGUCAACCUUUGGGAACUGCAUCGUAAAGUCUUGUGGUGACGUCACAAUGGAAAGUGGUUGUAGU